AUGGAGUCUGCUCCGCUGCCUCGCCUGUGGCUGCAGUACACAACAAAGGACGGAGUCCCUUAUUACUAUAAUCAGCUAACGCAACGAACGCAGUGGGAGAGGCCAACGCAAGAUGCUGCUGCUGAUUUAGCUGCUGCUGCUGCUACUGCUGAUGCUUCUGCUGCUUCUGGUGCUGCUGAAACCAACAGUGGAGGUGCACAGGAUGCAGCGUCAUACGGCGCGCUGGUCUUCUCCAGCACAGCAAUAGGCAGCAGCAGCAGCAGCAGCAGCAGCAGCAGCAAGCUGCAGCAGCAGGGCUUAACGCUGUCGCUCAGCGACUCCCCCGGACUUGCAGCAGGAGCAAUGCAACCCUACAGCAGCAGCAACAGCACCAGCAGCAAACCAGGUGAUUUCAAUCAAGGAUUCGCAAUGGGGCAACUGGAUACAGCAGCAAAAGGAGGAAUGAUGUGGGGGUCUCAGGAGCAAGGUGCUGCAGCAACAGGGCAGCAGCAGCAGCAGCAGCAGCAGCCAUGGUGGAGCUGCUUUCCCAUUGCUGCUGCGCAGCGGCUGUUUGAUGUUGACUCGCAGCAAGUCUUGAUGCGUCUGCAUGCGGUGCUGCCAAUACACCUGAACGGCAGCAGCAGCAGCAGCAGCAGCGAGAAGACGAGCCUGCUGCAGCAGCCUGACUUGUACGGUCCUGUGUGGAUAGCAGCAACAAUUUCCCUCCUAAUUUUUAUCUCUGCUUCUCUACCGCUGCUGCUGCUGCCACCAAAGGGUGCAGCAGCGGCAGAUGGCUCCGAAGCAGCAGCAGCAGCGGCAGAAGCGGAAGCAGCAGCCGGCCUCAAACUUCUGACGUUUGCAGGUGCUGCUGCUUAUGCUGCAGUUGCUGCUCCUCCUGCGUGCUGCUGGCUGCUGCAGCUGCUGCAGCGGUAUCGCAGCAACAGCAGAGGGACUCCGCUACCGCAGCAAGAGCAACAGCAGCAGCAGCAGCAAGAUGUGAGCCUUGUGCAGCUCCUGUGUCUUCAAGGAUAUGCAGCAGCAGCUGCUGCUCCAGUCGUGUUGCUGCUUUCGCUGACGCAGCUGCUGCCGAGCGCAGCUGCGGGCAGCAUUCGGUGGCUUGCUGCUGCUGCUGCUGCUGCUGCGUCUGCUCGCUUCCUCCGGCAGCAGCUGCAGCAGCUGCUGCUUUCGCCAUCCAAAAGACGAUUGCUGCUGCUGCUGCUGCUGGUUGGGCAGGUUGCUCUGCUGCUGGUUGUGGUUUUUGCUGCGCCCCAGUACCCCAGCUUGCUGCAGCAACAGCAGCAGCAACUGCAGCCGGAAGCAGCUCCACCCCCCAUCAUGCCUCAAGCCUCUGAGCAGCAGCAGGAGCAGCAACAACAGGAUACACCUGCAGCAGCAGACGCUGCAAACAGCGAGACUUUAAGCGGCACAGCCACCGGCAUCACCGAGCAGGAGCAGCAGCAGCACCAGCAGCAGCCACAAAAUGUAACGAAUGCGGAUGCAGCAGCAGCAGACGCAGCUCUGGCAUCGGCAGCAGAGGCGCAUGCAUCUCCCUCACCAGGCGCAGAAGCAGCAGCAGACGCAGCAGCAACAGACGCAGCAGCCGCAACAGAUGCAGCAGCAGCAUCAGCAGCAACAGACGCAGCUGGCUUGAACUCGCCAGACACCCCCAGCCAGUCACCCUAA